GUUCAGAGCGGCGAUUCCCGGCGGUACCGGAGGGGCUGGACCGGGCUGGCGGUACCGGCCUUGCCGUCCUGCCCCUGCCCGCAGCAGCCUCGCCCGGCCCUGCCAUGCUGGCCGCAGUAUGGCCCCUGUGGAGCAGGACGCGCUGGCCCUGCGGGAGCAGCUCUUCCACGAGAGGGUCCGCGAGUGCAUCAUCUGUGCCCUGCUCUUCGCCAGCCUCUACAUCCUCUGCCACUUCAUCAUAACCCACUUUAAGAAGCACACAGAUUUCACAGGAGUUCACGAUGACGAGGAUGCUGCUGUCAACAGGAUUGCGUUGGGGCUCUGUACCUUCACCCUGGCUGUGGCACUGGGUGCCGUCCUCCUCCUGCCCUUCUCCAUCAUCAGCAACGAGGUGCUGCUCUCCUUCCCCCAGAACUACUACAUCCAGUGGCUGAACGGGUCCCUCAUUCAUGGCCUCUGGAAUUUGGUCUUCCUCUUCUCCAAUAUGUCCCUGGUCUUCCUCAUGCCCUUUGCCUACUUUUUCACUGAGUCUGAGGGGUUUGCAGGAUCCAAGAAGGGCAUCAUGGCCAGGGUGUAUGAGACCUCGGUGGUGCUGCUGCUGCUGACACUGCUGGUGCUGGGCAUGGUCUGGGUGGCCUCUGCCAUCGUGGGCAACGACGCUGCCAGUCGCCAGUCACUCUAUGAUCUCUGGGAAUAUUAUCUGCCCUACCUCUACUCCUGCAUCUCUCUUUUUGGUGUCCUGCUUCUGCUGUUGUGCACCCCCUUUGGCCUCUCCAUCAUGUUCAGUGUCACUGGGAAGCUGCUGGUGAAACCCCGGCUCCUGGAAGACCUGGAUGAGCAGCUGAGCUGCACAAGGUUUGAGGAAGCCGCCGUGUCCCACAGGAUCCGCUCUGCAGGCAAAGCUUCCUGCUGGCUGAAUCUGGACAUGGAGAUGCUGCGAGAGCAAUUCUUUGCCAUCCGGAGCAAGAGGCGGAAGCUGGAGCUGCGGCACCGAGCAUCGCCCUGGCAGAGGAACCUGGGCUAUCCCCUGGCCAUGCUGGGCCUCCUGGCACUGACGGGCAUCUCUGUGCUCAUUGUCUGCUUCCACGUCCUGGAGCUGCUGCUGGAUGAUGCUGCGAUGCCACGGGGCAUCCAGGAUGCAUCCCUGGGCCAGGUUUCCUUCUCCAUCUUUGGUUCCUUUGGAGCUGCACUGCAGGUUGUCCUCAUUUUCUAUUUAAUGGUCUCCUCUGUUGUGGGCUUCUACAGCUCCCCCCUGUUCACUCGUCUGCUGCCGGAGCGGCAGGACACGCCCCUCACCAAGAUCAUCGGGAACUGUGUCUCCCUGCUGGUGCUCAGCUCAGCACUGCCUGUCUUCUCCAGGACACUGGGGAUCACCCGUUUUGACCUCCUGGGGGAUUUUGGCCGCUUCAACUGGUUGGGAAACUUCUACAUUGUCUUCCUCUACAACAUGGGCUUUGCGGGGCUCACCACGCUGUGCCUGGUGAAAAGGGUCUCCUGGGCAGUCCAGGCCGAGCUCAUCCGUGCCUUUGGUCUGCACAAGCUGCCGCUGCCUGUGACGCGCUGCCGGACCCGCAGCAAGCCCUGCUAGGGCUGGGGGACAGGGACGUGUCCUCCCCGCUGUGGUGGCCCCCAGGGUGGCUGCCAGCCACAGAGGUGGCCAUGAUAGCACCUGGUACCUCAGGGACAUCAGAGCCCCUCAGGGAAACCUUUGGGGGUUGCCCCCCCUGCUCUGUCUCAGCGUGUUGUGCUACUGAGCCUUGGCCUUGAGCCACAUCCCCAUCACACAUCCCCAAGGGGCUUGGGGUCCCCCCAGGCUGUGCUGGCUGCAGCUCCCCCACCCCCAUUUACAUACCUCGUGCAAGAAUGGCCGGGCCCCCCCCGACCUCCUCUGGCUGCUCCCUGGGGUCUGGUUGAGUUUUAAAUAUUGCCCCACCUGGGGGCUGUCCUGACACUGUGGGAGGGGGUCGUGUGCUCCCUGCCCAGAGUCACUGCACACUCCAUCCCUGUGUCACUUUGGGGCUGCAGGGGGACACUGGUUGUCCCUCACCCACUCCAAGGCCCUUGGGGUCCCUAAUAGGGGGGCCUGGGGUGCAGGGGACAGCCCCACUCCCCUCCCCAGGCAGCUUGAUGUGAUGAGUACAUCGGGUCUCUGUUACCACGGAACUUGUU